GUGCCGACGGGGUUAUUUCUGAUUCCCGUCCCGCUUCCCCGGCGGGUUGUUGACGCGUUGCCUGGCGACGGCGGCGUGGCCGGGAGACCGCGCGUGGCGGCAGUCCGUUAUUUGCAUCUGGUCCGUCGUGGGCGCCGGUGGGGAAAUGGUAAUGGAGGAGGGACGUCCGGGCCCCUCAAAACCCGCCGGUGACAGGCGGCCCCAGAAGCGGGAGAAGAAGGACAAGCAGCACGACAAGCAACAGCCCUGCGAGGGUUUCAGUAUUAAAGCCAUGAUGAAAAACAGCGUGGUAAGAGGGCCCCCACCUGCAGGAUCAGUAAAAGAAAGACCAGCAAAACACACAGCUUUUCGCAAGUUUUAUGAGAGAGGAGACUUUCCAAUUGCUGUUCAGCAUGAGUGUGGAGGAAACAAAAUCGCCUGGAAGGUACAGAUUGAAGAGCUGGACUAUCAUUACUUUCUGCCUUUGUUCUUUGAUGGGCUUUGUGAAACGGAAUUUCCAUAUGAGUUUUUUGCUCGUCAAGGAGUCCAUGACCUGCUGGAGCAUGGUGGAAACAGGAUUCUUCCUGUUGUUCCUCAGCUCAUUAUCCCAAUAAAAAAUGCACUGAACCUUCGUAACCGACAGGUCCUCUGCACCACGCUGAAAGUCAUCCAGCACCUGGUGGUGUCAGCUGAAAUGGUGGGGGUGGCCUUGGUGCCCUAUUAUCGGCAAAUUCUCCCAGUCCUAAACAUCUUUAAGCACAUGAAUGUUAAUUUAGGUGAUGGGAUAGAAUACGGCCAACAGAAACGUGAAAAUAUUGGAGUUCUCAUCCAAGAGACACUGGAACUCUUUGAACGCUACGGUGGAGAAAAUGCUUAUAUAAACAUUAAAUACAUGAUUCCUACUUAUUGGUCGUGCAUGUAAACUGAAUUAUAUUAAAUGGGAUGAUUCCAUCUGUGCUCUGAAAAACUAUCUGACUCUGUAUGGCAUCUUGUUAGUCAUGCUUUAUCUUCUCUACAGCUGCUAAAAUAGUGGCUUCUGGGGCAUUGGAGUGUUAGCACUAUUGUGAACAAGGCUUUCCAAUACAUAAAUAGUGUCUGUUCCUUUGAUUACAAUGGUGUACUGUGCUUGUUUGUUCCCUGAAAGAAUCACUCCUUUAUAACAGAGCUGACUCGACCAGGAAUCUGAGUUAAACCUUCACUUGUGUAGACAAUAAAACUAUAAUUUUCAUACGCGAUUCAGCAAUCGCUGUUCUGUGUCCGCUUGCCCUGAGGGUGAUGUCAGAGGCUGUAACAAGAAGAGUUUAUGCUGACUGCUUAAUAGGUGUUUGUCAUGGAAGAGAAACACCAGUUCAGCAAUGCCUCUCUGGCAGCUGUGCCGAAUUAUGUGCACUGACAUACAAUAAAACUGUUGAAUGUAUAUACCAAUUGCAGCAGGAAAAUUUAUAUUUUCCAUUAUAAGGCACUGUAGUUAAAUUAAUCCAGGUUUCUUACACACUCCUGUUCUCAGCUUCCAGGUGUUUACUCAUGGAACUUAGGUUCCUCUUGGUGAACAUAAGGCACAAGCAAGCACAGUUUUGAAGAAAAGAAGCCCAGAAAAAAAAAAAAAAAAACUU